AUGAAGCUGAAAAUAUUAAUUUUUUCCGUAUUUUUAACGGGAAUUUUAAAUAUUUCUGCGGAAAAUUUCUUAAAAUUGACCGAUUUUCAUUUAUUACGAGACAUUUCCGAGUUGGAAACGUUAGCCAAGCACGUCAAAAACGACAUCGAAGAGAAAUUCCGACCUUUGUGCGCCGAUUCUGUGAUCCAUUUCCACGGCCGAAGCGAUGUAAAGUUCAUUUUGUACAACAAAAAAUAUCCAUUCGGCGUCGAUGUGAGUAAAAAUUUCAAAUUAAUCCCGAAAAAUGAGGAAAUUCGGUUCAUCAUUCACGGAUUUCUCAACGGCGGCAAUGGCGAAAUGCCUCAAACGGUGAAAAAUGCCUUCAUGAAACUCGCGAAACCCGUAAAUUCCGUAAUUGUUGACUGGAGUAAGGGAUCUGGCACGUGGCUGUCUAACUAUUUCGUGUGUUUGAUCACGUCGCGCGUCGUUCCGAUGGUCGGCGAGGCAGUCGGUGAAUUUAUUGUGGAUUUAAUUCGCACGCAAACCGUCAAAAUUGGCGAUGUGAACGUCAUUGGACACAGUUUGGGAGCACAAAUUGCGGGAUUUGCCGGGAAAUAUUUGAGUUUUCGCGGAUUGAAGCUGCCAGUUAUCGUCGGAUUGGAUCCUGCGUUGCCGGGAUUUAAAAAUAGCAAGGAAAAACUUUCGUCCAGCGAUGCCGAUUAUGUCGAAGUUAUUCAUACAAAUUCGGGAGAACUUGGAUUUCGAGUGCCAAUGGGGACGGCAGAUUUUUAUCCGAAUUUUCAUAAGGGGUUGAGUCGGAUGCCGGGAUGUGUGACAGCUUCUUGUUCGCAUGCGAUGUCUUUUAAGUAUUUCGCGGCGUCGGUUUUGGAUCCAAAUGCUUUUAAAGCGUACAAGUGUGAGAGUUAUGACGAGUUGAAGAAGGCGGGAAAGUGUAAUGGGACGGAAAUUUCUUACUUGGGAGGUGAUGAGUUCGGGCAAAGAAAGCCUGGAGGAGUGUUUUUCCUAAAAAUAAAUAAAAUUAAUUAA